AGGAUGCGCGUGACGCCACGAGCCGAGGCAGACCAGCGGAGCAGACAGCACCCGGGCUGAGGCAGCAGCAUCAGCAGCAUCCGCAGCAGCAGCAGCGCCGCCACAAAGGGAGCCCAGUGCUGCUCGACGCUCUCUCCGCUCUCUCCGCUCUCUCCGCUCCUCUUCUCCAGGGUUUCACAUGCUCCGGCUCGGCGAAAAGAUGUGCGGCUUCUCGGCCCUAGUCUCGGUGCUUCUUGCCGGGCUCGCUGCGGCGUCUUCGGAUCUGUUUGACAACCAACUGGGCGACAUCAAUUACUGCAAAAAGCAAUGCCAGCUCACCAUAAAAAACAAAAGCCCUGCUAAAGACUGCAUAAUGAACGCCUGUCACCGCGGCUGUCGGCUCUACUCCAUCUGCCAGUUUGUCAAUGGCAACGCCGGCUUCAACACCAGCAGGGAGGAGUGUCAGGGGGCCUGCCAGGAGGCAUAUAUUAAGCUGCUGGAGCAGGAGGCCUGCUGCACCGGCUGUGCCAGCCAACCCUCUGAACCUGAGAUCAAGAGGAGGAAGCUCAGGGCCAUGACUCUCCGCCCUAAGCCCCCCUCUGUGAUGGAGGCCGUGUCCAGUUGGUGCAACGACAUCGUCAGUUCUGCCCAGAGCUUCAUCUCCUCCACCUGGACUUUCUAUCUGCAGGCUGAUGAUGGAAAAGUUGUGGUCUUUCAGAGCCAGCCAGAGAUGGAGUACUCUCUGCCCGAGCUGCAGGCUCCUCGAUCCAACGUGGCGGACAAACCCUGGCCUCAGGUCCACUCUCACACCCAGAGACCCCAUGGUGUGAGGGGACAUGGCGAGAGGGGAGCAUCCAAAGGAGCAGGCAAAGGGAAGCACCCUGCCCAGCAGCACACAGACGACCCCACAGCUGAGCAUGACUUCCUCGGCUGCAUGUCACGACGUUCAGGCCUUCCGCGGUGGAUCUUAGCGGCCUGUCUCUUCCUGUCCAUCAUGGUCAUGUUGUGGCUCAGCUGUGCCAGCCUUGUCACCGCACCAGAGCAGCACAUCAAGACACAGCUGAGCAUCAAUGGAGAUAAAGAGUUUAUGGAUAAUGCCCACAAAGUAAACCCGUAUCACCUGAGUCCUGUGAUCGCUGUCGCCAUAAAACAAUCGGAGGAGAGCCAGGAGGCGGGGCCUCUGCCGGUGAAAGUUGACCUGAACAAAACCUGCGUUUAGAAAGGACCAAUGGGAGAGCUGCUGUCAUGUUUCCCAGGGUAACCAUGUCUAAAUAUGCGGCCCGUCAAUGCAAGAGGUGAAACAAACACAUCACGGGACUCAACUAGUCUCCAGAAUUUUUAAAAAAUCGUAUUUUUAAAGAGCACGGCACCCGCUCCCAUCAUUUAAAAUUAUGAUACUAAAACAUCUAGCUUGGUCUUGUUGGUCCGAAGGCAUUUCAUUUCCUUGUACAGCCCGAAUUUCGUCAAGUCCAUCAUAUUAUCCUCAAUGAUCAGCCUGUCCAUUGCUUAUUGAUAAGUCAGUGAGAGCCAUGUUGGAGACAAGCAGGGAAGAUGGAUUGCAGCUGAGAGCUUUCAAUAAUUGUUCAUGUCUAGCGGGGACAAGAGAAGACAAACGCUGAUAUUCAUUCUAGAUUUAAUUUUGCCUCGUUCUCACAGAGAGUUUGGAUUAAUUGACGGAUUGCUGAGAGUGAGAGAGGAAAGGAAGAAAUAUGGAGAGGGCACUCUUUUGAGCGCUGCAGCAAUUAUUAGAAAUGUAAAACAUGUAUCAUCAUCGAAUCAUUCCCCUUCGCAACAUAACAGAAUUUGCAGGUGAGGUACACGUUCUCACCAAGAUCAGAGAAACAAAGGGCCACGUGUUUCAAAAACUAAAAGAGUGUCUUUUAUGAACUUAUUCCUCCGUGUGUUUGUGUAAGUUUGGAUAUGUGUGUGUCUGUGUGUGUGUAUGUGUUGUGUGUACAUCCACAACACCACACAAAUACUGAAGAACUGCCAGAUUCAAAACUGGAAACUCUAUCUGAGAAUGAGCUAAAUCCACACUACCGGUAUUUAUUUUCUACUCUAUUCAGAAUCUGAUCUGUUGUAGUGUUAUUAAAGGGCCAUGUACAGUUCAUUCAUCAUACAACUGCAAUUGAUGUGAAUGUAAAAUACAUUGCAACACAGACUGGAAGGAGACACAUGCAGGGGAGAUUGCACCUAUUACUGUAUUAUUAUAAUUAUUAUUAAUAUCAUUAUAUUAUUGCUCUUAUAUCACUCCAAGAGUUCUUAGCUGUUAUAUGUGCCAUGUGCUUUCUAAUAGCUGACUAUUUUGUAUGUCCUAGGAGCAAACACUGAAGGAUAACCUCUGAAACAAUGUGUAAUGCAAAGCUUUUAACGUAGACCGUUGUUAUUGAACAGAGUUACACAGUCUUAGAGAAGAUUUUCUGUUUCCCUCUCAGUGCUUUUGAUGUCCUGUAACGCUCUUUUUUCAUCCAGGCUAUGUAGACAAUAACCCGUGCAUGCAAGUGAUGCUUUGAUAGUUUAGCGUAACUGCCUGCCAUUUCCGUAUGGCAAAACUCUACUGUAGACU